AUCUAUAAGCAGAAUAUCAUUAUAAGGCAGCAACCGAAGCUCAAUAUCACAAAAACUCAAAUGUUCUUCUAACUUUUUGUAGGACAGUAAAUCAAGAAAUUUAUCUCACCUCAGCCUGACGACCAGCAUGAAGUCUAACACCAGUGGCAUCAUACAUAACCUGCAAAACCAUUGAUCAAAAUAAGUACAGGAAGCUUGGACCCAAAUACCAUCCUAGACACAACUAAACAAAUGGAUAAGCCUGAACCCUCAAUCACUGAAAGACCCACAAUGCCAACUUAAUGUCUAUAACUACAAAUAAUCACUAGUCAGGGAGGAAAAAAUCUAAGAUUUAAACAAGGCAACAAAAGUAACACUGGAAACUAUGAUCUAACUGAGACCUUUGCCUGCAAUGCAAUGUCGAUCAUGAGAUCUCAUUCUACUGCAUUGUAGUCUAUUAGCUUAAGGAUGAAAAUGCCAUCCAGUAACAUAAUAAGCACCCUAUUUUAUACUACGAAAUCUCAUCCGACAACAAAAGUCAUCAACUUCAAUGUGAUCGGCCAUUACAACUUCGAAGAAUGAAGAAAACCUGGAUAAGGAGUACAUACAACACAAGCCAAAACCAGUGCAACAGCAAAAGUUGGGGCCCCAGUUCCUUCCUCCAGUGCAAUAGCCACGGCCAGCGCUGUCACCGUUGCUGAAUGUGAGGAGGGCAUCCCACCUGACCCAAGCAUCCUUCUAGAAUCCCAUCUUCUCUCCUUGAACCUUCAUUAUUUUUUGGUGCAGAAGAGGAUUAAUCUCACACAUUCAGAUUGUAGACAGCUUAGACGCUAAUGCAACAGUUGUUUAUCUCUAAUAACCAUAGAUAUCUCAAAUGACUUGAUACACAAAAUGGUUUCUUCAAAUCCAUUGCAUCAUCCAAUAUCAUCAACAAGCAGAAGGAAGGCAGUGAAACAGUUUUCUACUGUUUUUUCCUAAAAAACGCCAACCCUGACUCCUAGCAAAGAAAGAUUCCACGCUCUCAUUCGUUAUGUAUAUGUAUAGGAGCUAAAACCCACCACCACCAGCCCCAUAAUCCAUCGACCAAUUCUAAGAACUCGUAGCAUUCUGUAGUCCACUAUCCACCUCUUGCUCUCAUCUAGACACUCCCAAUUCCAAUUCACGCGACUAAUCAAAACCAUAACUUUGUACAUGAACAAAGAAGAAGUAAAAGAAAGGGACUUUUCCAAAUUUCACUUAGAAGCUGAAAUAUACAAAUUGGAAUGGCAAAUCCUAUGGAAUACGAAUAGUACCGGAACAAAAGAAGAGAAAGGAGGACAGGGAGUAGUACCAGACGGUGAAGGGCUUGAGAAACUGGGCGAUAGCUAGUGCGAGGAAGGCGGAGAUGAGAGGAACGUUGAAAGGGAUAAUGGAGGGCUGCGAUGUGGCUGAUCGGAAUCUGGCCGAUGCAUCAGCCGCCGUGAUGACUUCGUUCAUUGCAGAGCGACGACGAGGGAAGAGAUCGGGGGCCGAGGGAGCGAAGGAGAAGACUUUAGCGCAAGGUAACAGAAGGGUUUUAAUUGGUAGGGAGGAAUCGCAUCAGGGUUGGGCCAAAGGGCUUCCGGUGGUGGGAAUUCCGAUUCCGGUGACCUCUGUGUCUCCCACUCUCUUGAUUACAGUCGUCCCAACCACGACGACACGGACGCUCCAACGGCAGUAACGUCGUCUCUCCUACCAAUGAGAAUGAGAUGAACAAUUGACCAUCGAAUAUGGAUAGUUUUUUCCUCCUUGUUUCUUAUUCGACAGGGAGACGGCAACUUUCUACCUCCGUCAAUUUAUUUCUUCUGUAAACAACGAGGAAUACGAUUUCUACCUGCUUGCUUUCAUCAGUCAUCACCCUUAGAUGACCAUGUCAACACCUCGGGCUGGAAAAACUUUUUCGAAAUGGAUUUGAGGUUAUUAACAAAGAGAUGUGAAGAUUUGUUAAGGAUCGUGAAUUGUGAAAUUAGCUGAUGUCAAAAUGCAGUAUGUUAGCAUUAAAAAUAUUUGUGUUUU